AAUUCCACGUUUCUCCAUCAACAAACUCCAGCAUCCAUUCACCGCCCGCAUCCAUCUAUCAUUUAAAAGUAGCCUGCCCUGGCACUUUUUUGACCAAGCAACUUCCAGACAAGCUCCCAACAACCUCUCAACCUACCAACACCUCUCAGCGAGACACUACCACAGUCGUCGGUCGCUGCAUCCCCGCCCAUCAACAGAACCCUUUCCCCAGGUACCCCGCGAACUUCGAGUUUAUGUCAAUCGAAAAUCUUAAGACCUACGACCCCUUCGCCGAAGCCGACGAGGAGGACUCCGGACAGACCAAACAAACCCAGGAGUACAUCCAUAUUCGUAUUCAGCAGCGUAAUGGACGCAAGACCUUGACUACCGUCCAGGGUAUUCCCAAGAAGUUCGAUGCCAAGAAGAUCCUGAAGGUCGUCAAGAAGGAAUUUGCCUGCAAUGGCACCAUCAUUGGCGAUGAGGACUCCAAGAUGGGCGACGUGAUCCAGCUUCAGGGCGAUCAGCGUGCCAAGAUCAAGGAUUUCCUUACCAACAAGGACGAGGGCCUCGGUCUCGAUGCGAAGACCAUCAAGGUCCACGGUUUCUAAAGCCUCACAUGCUCGUCGCGCCGACACCGCCGACAGAUACGCGGGUCAAGGAGCCGCCCAUGUGGCACGGGUCGCUGACGUCACAUCGUCAAGCGACGCAUUUCGCCUACGGGCCCUCUUAUGGCGCAUAGACAUGAUACCCCAGGAUGGUUAACCGGCUUUAUCUUGCUAUGGUUGGUAGACUGAUGGCAGUUGGAGGACCUAUACUUAGCGAGGCGGAUCUUUUAUUCGGGUCGUCAUACGCUGGAAGGGCUCAACUGAAUGAAAUGCAAGACUACACACGGCCUGCGCGUCAUCAUGACAUGCCGCAGCGCUUGCGGUCUUAUAACAGUUCAAUAAUACUUCAUGAUACCUCUUUUACUGUGUAUGAUCUGUUUCUAUAUUCUUGCAUCGUCAUUUGAUAUGGAGUGAUGCAGGUUUUUUGUGCCUUUC